AUGAGCCAAGCACAAAAAAACUUGAGAAAAAUAAAGUCCCUUUGCUAUCUUACUUUAGGAGGUACAAUAUCUUACCAAUUUAUAUAUUAUAAAAAAGAUUUUGAAGGGUAUUAUAAAAAUGUACUGCAGCCAAUUAGUCAGAGGUUGAACCCAGAAUGGUCCCAUAAGCUUGGAGUUUCAGCUUUAAAAUAUGGUCUCUUUCCCUCAGAAAAUUUUGAAGAUCCAACUGUAUUGAAAACUAAGUUUCUGAAUAAUGAACUAAGUAACCCAAUUGGGAUUGCGGCAGGUUUUGAUAAGCAUGGAGAUGCAAUAAAGGGAUUAAGGAAAAUAGGUUUUGCUAUUGUGGAAAUUGGAUCUGUAACACCUGAACCUCAACCAGGCAAUCCAAAGCCCAGGGUAUUUAGAUUACCAGAAGACCAGGCAGUUAUAAAUAGAUAUGGAUUCAACAGUGAAGGACAUGAUAUGGUGUUAAAAAAACUACAAAAUUUAGAUAAAAACAUUUUUGACAGAGGAUUGUUGGGUAUCAAUUUAGGAAAAAACAAAACCUCAGAUGAUGCAGCUCAAGAUUAUUCAUAUGGUAUACAGAAAUUUUACAAAAUUGCAGAUUAUUUUGUAAUUAAUGUAAGCAGUCCAAACACCCCAGGAUUGAGAUCUCUACAAAGUAAAGCUGAAUUACAAAAAUUACUAAGUGAGGCAAAUAAAACAAUGAAAUCUUUACAAAGUGAUAAGAAGCCUCCACUUCUCUUAAAAUUAGCGCCAGAUUUAAGCAUUGAGGAGUUGAAGGAUAUUGUAUCUGUCAUAUCAGCUAAGGAUACAAAAGUAGAUGGCCUUAUUAUUUCAAACACUACAAUAGAAAGAUCCAAUUUAAAUAACCAGAUAGUUGCUCAAGAAACUGGUGGUCUUAGUGGUAGACCAUUAACAGAUAAAUCUACAGAAAUGAUUCGAAUUAUGUAUAAGCUCACUAAAGGUAAGAUACCCAUCAUCGGCGUUGGAGGAAUAUUCAGUGGCCAAGAUGCUUAUGAAAAGAUAUUAGCAGGUGCAAGCGUCUUACAGAUAUAUACAGCAUUAAUUUACCAUGGCCCUCCUAUUGUAAAAAAGAUUAAAUCUGAGCUUGCAGACUUAUUAAUUCAGAAUGGCUACAAAAAUGUCAAUGAAGCAGUUGGAAAAGGAGUAAAAUUAUAG